UUUCUACUUCCCCCAGUUCCUAAGGGUCUCUUUUCUUCCAGAUUCUUCCCUAUUUGAAGAACAUCCGGUUCAACAACAGUGCUGGAAGCGAAGUCUCCUUCUCAGAAAAUGGACUGGGAUUAGCUCGUUAUGAUCUUCUGAACUGGCUUUUCCUGCCCAAUCAAUCUUUUGUCCCCGUGAAAGUUGGCCGAAUAGAUCUUGGGGCUCCACCAGGCCAGGAUUUCACCAUUAACUCCGAGGCAAUCAUCUGGGCCCCAGAGGUGGGCUGGAAGGAAAUAUUCUGAAUAAAGGGAGAGAGUCAUUCUCUCCUGGGAUGCAGAAUGUCCUCCUAGCUCAGAAGAGGUCAAUCAGAUCAGAAUACAUAGCAGCCAUUUCAUGAAAAAAACCCUUUGCAUGCAAUACAUUCAAGUCUGAUUUGUGGCAUGUUGAAGAAGGGCUGGGAUUGGGGAAAACUCCUGCUGGAAACUCAGGGUGCUCUUAGAGCAGGACACAGUGAUUUCGAUGGGCAGUCCCCAUUCAGUUGGAUCCUCAUGAUUCUUUGUUCUGGAAGGCUGCAGCUGAAUGUCACAGGACUUGCUUUGCAUGCAGAAGUCCCAGUUCCUAUCCUCAGCAUCCAUUGGUGGGUCAGGAAUGUCACUGGCCUGAAUUCCCCCAAAAGCUGUUCCUGCUUGAUGUUAGACCAUGCUGAACCAGUUCUUUUGAAGACAUUCUGAAGAUGGAAAUGGGAAUGUGGAAAUGAAAAAAUGAUGGAUGUUCGUUGCUUAGGCCAUCUCAAGCAUUCUCCUUUUCUCUUUUAGAAGGUGCCCUUUGCCAGGUGUGGCAUGAAGAGGUGCCAUGCGGGGGAGAGGAGAAGCGUUCCAGAGGGCGAGCAGGUCUGCUGCUACCGAUGUGACCCUUGUCCAGAAGGGACCAUUUCUAAUCAGACAGAUGCAGCUCGCUGUGACCCCUGCCCAGAAGACCAAUACCCCAAUAAAGACAACGACCACUGCAUUGCCAAGAAGGUCCACUUCCUUUCCUAUCAAGAGACCCUGGGAUGCACUUUAGCUUCUCUGGCUCUUUCUCUCUCUGUGAUCACAUCUGCAGUCCUGGCGAUUUUCCUUAAGCAUCGCGACACACCGAUCGUCAAAGCCAACAACCGAGAUCUCACCUACAUCCUCCUGGUCUCCCUCAUCCUCUGCUUCCUCUGCUCCUUCCUCUUCAUUGGUCAACCUAGGAAGCUUACCUGUCUCUUCCGACAAACUGCCUUUGCCAUUCUCUUUUCCUUUGCGGUUUCCUCUGUGUUGGCAAAAACUGUCAUGGUGGUUCUGGCCUUCAUGGCCACCAAGCCAGGGAACAGGACAAGGAAACUCUUAGGAAAACCACUGACCAACUCCAUUGUCUUAGCUUGCCCCCUGGUCCAAGCAGUUCUUUGUGCCACCUGGCUGGUAACCUCUCCCCCAUUUCCCCACUUGGACUUCCACUCCUUGGUAGGAGAGACCAUCUUGGAAUGUAAGGAAGGCUCAGCUUCUAUGUUUUACACUGUCCUUGCCUACCUGGGUUUCCUGGCCCUAGUCAGUUUCACAGCGGCCUUUCUGGCUAGGAAAUUGCCCAACAGCUUUAAUGAAGCCAAGUUCAUUACUUUUAGCAUGCUGAUCUUUUGCAGCGUUUGGAUCUCCUUCCUCCCCACCUACCUGAGUACCAAAGGGAAGUCCAUGGUGGCCGUGGAGAUCUUCUCCAUCGUCGCAUCUGGAGCCAGUCUCUUGGUUUGUAUCUUUUUCCCCAAAUGCUACAUUAUCCUAUUGAGGCCUGAUCUGAAUUGUAGAGAAAAUAUAAUAAGAAACAAGAAUUUCUGA